AUGGCCGCGACUCCUCCUGCGCAGAUCGCGACCACUCCUGAGACUCCUCUCACUCCUCUCCACGGCGCUGCUUAUGAACGUUUCGACUCUCGACGUCCAACCCGGUCCAGCGCAAGAAUUGCUUCCAGGGAACAUCGUUCAACCUUUGACGCUUCGCGAAGAAGCCCUGGCGAUGCUUCAUUAACGACGCCGAAGCGUUCAAAGAAGCUCACCGCGACUUCACCGGGACUUCACUCUCCGCAGUCGACUCCCAGACCCAGAUCUACGCGUCGAGUGCAGGUCUUGUCCCCGCCUUCUCCUACCGUCCUUCCAUCCUCCUCCUCAAAGCAUCAGUCUUCCAGGUCAAAUCUCCAAGCCCUGGCAUCCUCUUCAACAAUGAUUUCUGACGGCAUGUUACCGACUCCGGUCAAAACUCCCAAAAAGAAACAAGUGUCCGAGGUUAAUGGCACAGCUCGAGCUCUUUUCCAAGAUCCUGCUCAUGCAGCGGAUGGCGUUGCAGAUGUUGAGCCCAAUCCACGAAGGAACCGCAAGAACAAGCGCUACAAUGGUUACUCUUUGGAGAGCUUUUCCGUCGAAGGCGAAGGCAGCCAAGGCCAGAUCCAAAUCUUCACCGAUUCGCGAGAUAGGGUCCCGCAACUCGACAAGAGCGUUUCUAAUCCAUUCGUAGAGAGCACCGUGGAUGAUGAAACCGUGUCUUCUCGCAAAAUCGCCGGAACCGCAAAGCGACGAAAGGUCAGCGCGGAAGCCAGGAAGAUGGAUUCUCAGGUGAAAGAAGCCCUUAAAAAGGACGAAGGGAUGGUUUACGUGUUCCGUGGCAAGAAGGUCUACAGACGAUUCAACGACGACGACGAUGAGGAGGAAGAAAUCAACCCCGAAGACCUUGAAGAUCUUGGUUUGCUGGAACACACUCCAAAAGGGACCAAAAUCAAGCCAAUCCGCACGCUCACGAGACGUUCAAUCAAGCCAACACGACUCUUCCAGACCGAACAAGAGGAACGAGCCCGAGAGCUUGAGAAGGUUGAGGAAGCAUUGACCGAUAUUGAAGAAACAGCUGAUGUCAACGACGAUCACCUGCUUAGCGGCGAGGAGUCCCCCACCAAGAGAACCCGCUCAUUGCGCUCUGCUGCCAAAGGAUCUCCGCGUUCAGAAGAUGGGAUCAACGGAACCUCGCGCAAGAAAGGAAGUCCUUUUGAUACUUGGCCUCGUGUCAAAUCCACUGCCGGCACCGUGUCUUCUAGUUCGACAAAGGGAAGAAAACGAGCUGCCGCGGAAGCUAUCGACGACCCGAUCUAG